GCGAUGGCCGGAAGCUGUGGCUCGUCGUGAGGCUCACUGUUCAGUGACAACAGACUGUGACGUGGCUCAUCCUGCGGGACGCGGAGACAGAAACUGUGAUAAUCAACCGUUUAACGGACGUUAACGUUUAACGUUAGAGUGACGUCAGGAAGAUAAACCGACACCGCUGCUCGAGUCGAGGAGGAAACUGUCAGCUGACGGCUAACUGCUAGCUGCUAGCUGCUAGCAUCACGACCUGACGGCUGCGCGAGGCAGAGUUUGAAGGAGAUGCACUGAGACGUUACGAUGUCUGACAGCGAAGCUUCAGCAGCCGACGGCCCAGAGGUCAUGACACCAGAGGUUAUGACACCAGAGGUUGUGACACCAGAGGUCGUGGCACCAGAGGUCGUGGCACCAGAGGUCGUGGCACCAGAGGUCAUGACACCAGAGGUUGUGACACCAGAGGUCGUGGCACCAGAGGUCGUGGCACCAGAGGUUAUGACACCAGAGGUCGUGGCCCCAGAGGUUAUGACACCAGAUGUCGUGGCCCCAGAGGUCCGGGACGGCUCCUCGCCGACCGUGCCUGACGUCUCUACAGACGUGGCCCCAACGAGGAGAGCCCGGAGGAGGCCGGAGGGCAAACUUGCAGCCGAGGACGAGCAAAUGGCGAAAGUAGAGGAGCAGUCGCCGCAGAUGUCAAGCGAGUCCACGGUGGCUCAGGGGGGGUGGGGCUACUGGGGCAGUUGGGGCAAAUCCAUCCUGUCCACGGCAACAGCCACUGUGGCCACUGUGGGCCAGGGCCUCACUCAGGUGAUCGAGAAAGCCGAGACGUCGUUGGGGAUCCCAAGUCCAACCGAGCUGUCGGUGCAGGUGGUGGAGGAAGAAGAAGAAGAGAAGCAGCAUCAGGUUUCUUCUUCUGCUGCAGGCGAUGGCGCCAGUGAGACGGACGGAGCAGUGGGCGGAGCCAUGGGGAUGUUGUCGUCUCUCAGCAGCGUCGUCCAGAGCACAGGGAAGACGGUGAUCAGCGGCGGCCUCGACGCUCUGGAGUUCAUCGGGAAGAAGACGAUGGACGUUAUCGCAGAGGGAGACCCCGGCUUCAGGAAGACCAAAGGCCUGAUGAUCAGGAACUCCACGCUGUCCCAGGUGUUGAGGGAAGCGAAGCAGCGAGAGCAGCUGCAGACGGAAGAGACGGACUCGUCUGACCCGGAGGAGACAAAGAAGAAGAAGAAGCCGCUCGCUCACUACGGGAUGUUGUUCGACGAGUUCCAGGGUCUGUCGCACCUCGAGGCUCUGGAGCUGCUGUCGAGGGAGAGUGAGGCCAAGGUGAAGUCGGUGCUGACCACUCUGUCAGGAGAUGAGCUGCAGCAGCUCAGAGUGGAGCUGCAGGACAUGAAGGCGUCAUUCUCUCUGGUGGAGUUCGACGACGAGGAUGUCGACGAGACCAAAGAUGAGGACGGAUCAGAGUUCGAGAGGGAGUUGACGACGGCCCUCGACGGUCUCAGCGUCGCCGUCACGGCAGAGAAACUCAGCAAGGCCUGUAAGAACGUCUGCAGCCAGAUCACUGACAUGAGCCAAUCAGAGGAGAGCGAGGUCGUCUCUGUCGAGGAGGUGCACGCCGCAGCCAUCAGGAGUCUGGCUGAGCUGACAGCUCGAUCCAUCGAGCUCUUCCACAAACUGGCCGAGAGGAUCCUGUUCUCCGGCGGCGGGGAGACGGAGCCCGGCGUCCUGUCACAGUUGAUGGUGGUCCUGUGUAAAGAAAUCUCGCUGCUCUCCAGGAAGUUCACCUGCCGCUUAACAUCUGCCAGCUCUGAAGAGAAGAGAGACGUCCUCAACCCGCUGAUAACAGGCGUCUUUUUAGAGGCGUCCAACAGUGCCUCUUACAUCCAGGAUGCUUUCCAGCUCCUCCUGCCGAUCCUGGAGAUCUCACACAUCCAGAGACGAACUGAAUCCACGGGGCAGUGACCCGCCGCCACCGCCCGGGACUCUGACUCCGCCCAUCACUGACACUAACCCUCACCAGUCGCCCGUGUCAGCGAGUCCAGCUCAGGACAAAAAUCUAUUUCAUGGCUGGAAGGAAAAUCUAAAAAGUGUGUUCCUGUCAAACAGUGUUAAGUUGUAUUAGUGAAGGACAUCACAGGAGGAAGUUCUCAGAGGAACGAACGAGGAGAGAAACUUGUUGGUCUUUGUUUUAUUCUAACCUGCACUUUGUCUGAUCGUAGCUCAGAAAACUUAUGGAUCAAACGUGAUGGUAAAAGUGUUAAAACAAGGAAAAGUGUGUCUGAACAACGUAAACACUCAGAGAUAUAUUUGGUUUUCUACGCAGAUUUUUCUUAAGGAUGGAAACAAAUCCUGCAAAGAGACGAACAGGCAGGACUUGUUCAGUCACUCGGCUUCCACAUGUGUUCAUUUGUUUUAUGAAUGUUCAGAUGACAAACUGCUCGUUAGACCAGUUCUGACAGAAUCCAGACUCAAACCAACCGUCACCACAAGAGUUACAAACGUCUCCUGCUCCAUAAAAUCAGCCACUCAGAUCUUUACUUCCACAGAAGAAAACCCUCCAUGGUCAACUUCCAGUGAGCAUCUGCAAAAUAACACAUUUACAAAAUCACUCAUUUUAAACCUCAAUCUCUUUGUUUAAUUCUCAGAAGUGCAGAUGUUUGUUUGUCCAGCGAAGCAGCUUCUGUCUGACAUGAAGUUUCUGAUCGUCGUCUGUAUUGUUUGUUUCCAGGUUUCAGUUUUUGGUUGUUUUUUUUUUACAUUAAACUGCCAAAAGUUGUUUGUGUAAAUCUUUCAAGGAACAUGCGGAGUUGUGUGUCAGUUAUUUGAGAUGGUUUCAAAUAAAUAAAAAUCAACCUGUCA